GGGUUCAGAUCAAAAUGUUUUGUGCUAUCUCACCUUACCGACAUCACUAAAAAAAAUGCAUUUAAAAAAUCACUAAAAUGGAGGAAUAGCUCAUAAAUCUUUAUUAUUUGCGUUAUAUUUUUUGUACGAGGCCAAUGAAUCGGCAAAAAUGUCUAAACCCCAAACUAAUUUCACCAAACGUCUAAACCUGACUAAACCCUAAACCAAAGGCUUGGCGAGAGCGAGCCGGGGGAAAUGUCCAACAGACGCUGUUUCCAUUCUUUGAUCCGCCAUGGAUCCAUACUCUCUUCAAGCCCUUCCCUCCAGCCCCUCCGAACCCUCCCUCACCACCACGGCCUUGCCCUCUGCGAUUAUAUCCCUCACAAAAGCCCCAACCCAACGAAUUUUCACCAUACUUUCUGCAAUCUGGAGCCCAUUAGCCCCGCCCAGUACUUCUGCAGUCGCCAUUUUGCUUCCCAGGGACGCGACGGUGGCGACGAUUCAGAAGACGAUGAAGGAGAAGAUGAUGAUGAUGAUGAGGAAGAAGAAGAAGAAGAAAUGGGGGAGAGCAGUGAUGGAGAGGCAGUGGGUGGGCGUACUGCCGUAUCCAACUGUGACGUGAAUCGGACGUAUUCGGCGGAGGAGAAAGAGCGUGAAGCGGCGGCUAUAGGGUAUAAGGUGGUGGGGCCGCUUGAUCAAUCCGAGCAGCCUUUCAAACCUCACGAGCCAGCUUUUGCUGUCAUCCAGGUUGGUUCGCAUCAGUUUAAGGUGAGCGAUGGGGAUUCCAUUUACACCGAGAGGCUGAAGUUUUGCGAGGUGAAUGACAAGUUAAUUCUGAACAAAGUCCUCUUGCUGGGCUCGAGGAAUCAGACCAUUGUUGGAAGACCUAUAUUGCCAGAUGCAGCUGUUCAUGCAGUUGUUGAGGAACAUGCAUUAGAUGCCAAAGUAAUUAUAUUUAAGAAAAAGAGAAGGAAGAAUUACCGGCGAACCAAGGGACACCGACAAGAACUGACUAAGCUGCGAAUAACUGAUAUUCAAGGAAUUGAGAAGCCAGACACAACAGCAGCUGUGAAAUCAGAAAAGGCAGCUGGCAAGAAGGCAAAAAGAGAAGCAGUUGCGGCUUAAGAGUGGCAUGUAAUGGUUCUUUUAUGCUGCCGGAGUUCUGACUCAUGCUGCAGAAUGGUCAUCAUCUUGUUCCUCAUUUGCUCAAUGUACAUUUGGAAUGCCAUAGUAGGCUCAAUAUCUUAGCAUCCAAGAGGGCACAGCUGCGAUGUUUGUUGCAGGAUUGAGUAAUUUAACUUGUGAUUUUGUAAUCAGGCACAAGUUUAUGCAACACCCAGCAGAGCCACACCCAUUUUAUUCCAAUAUGGAAAAUCUCCUGAUUUUGAAACAUGAAAUUAAAUUAUUCUUCACAACCCUCACCUGGUUUCUGAAAAGAAAUGUGUGGUGAGUAUGGUUGUUACCUUGAUUUGUUUGUCUUGAAUUUGUUUUGAAGAGUAUGUUCAAAUUUGCGAAUUUUUGAGUUUCA